AAGAAGUCUUCUGCUUUUGGCGGCCAUGACAACAAACUUGAAAAGUUUGUUGGAGUUCGAUGGAUGGAUUCGAUGGGGAUGAAAAAGAUUUGCCGAUCUAAAGUGCGUCGAAAGUUUCUCAAAUGUACGGUUUGCCUGGAAAUUCAGGCGGUCACAUGUCCAGGGGUUCUUCUGUCCAGAAAGAACUCUAUCUACCUCAGUGUGUGCAUCAUGGGCCAAUACAGGAAGACUCCCUGUCUGCCGCCUGUCUUCCCUUUACUGUUCCGCCACAAAAUGGUCUUUAUUAAGAAUUUCCCUGGUGCCGUUGACCCUGGUGAUGUAGCUGACCUCCUGAAAGAUGACACGACGUCUUUAGAGCUAAUACAGGUCGUCCCUCCAGAGGGUGAAAUACUGGCCACGGUGCAUGAGAGCAGCAGAGACUUUUUGUACCCCAGUCCCAGUCCGAGCUCAGGAGGAAGAGAAAUACUGAUGAAGAAGUCCUCCAGUUUUUCUGGAAUCUCCCCCAAAGUGGAGUUUGCUGUGACAUCAGUGAUAGAAGAGAGUGAUCGGACUGAAAGCUCCGCUGCCUUGUCUAGCUGCUCCCUGUCUCCUGUCAAGUCACCCUUAACCCCAUCCAAGAAAAGUUCAUCAAAACGAAGCACACCGUCCAGACAUUACUCCGGCGCAGAUGAUGGCAAAAGUUUUUCUUUCAACCUCGAUCAAGAAAAACUGAAGAAGAACUGUAUUAAAAACACUGCAUUGUCACAAUCAUCCAGACAUUUCCCUGCUUCACCCGUGCCUGGCCACCUCCACCAGAAAGAUAAGACGGAGAAAAAAGAUGGAAAAUCUGGCUACCAGCAGCCCACGGUUUCCUCAAGGACACGGGCUCUGUCCCCUUACACACACCGAAAGAUGUGCCAGCUUUCAGAGGAUGCCAGGCAGAGACUCAGCCACCUCCAGCUGGGGCCUCACUAUUUCACUAAAGAGACGGAGAGCCAUCCACCUUUCUUGGUGUCUCGGUGCAGCGGUGCCUCUUUUAUGGAAACCUGGUGGUCUCCCCACAGUGGCAGCAUCCAUGAUCCAUCUCUGUCCUUCACUGAUCAAACAGAUUCCUCUCUUCUUGGUUCUUACAGACCAAAGGUGACCAGCGUAAAAUCGGAUUUUGUGAAGGUCACCUCAUCUGCAGAGACACAGUCCAGACAAACCCAGAGCUCUGAGAAAGACACUGACUCUGUUCUACUCCGAGCCGUGCCAAACUCCAGAAGAACCUUCGAUUACAGCAGUCAGUCACAAAGAGACAGUCUAUGGACCAGUCUGCCCAGUCCAUCCCACUGGGAGGAGAUUCACAGCAGAGUCCAGAGGAUCCUGCAGACACACAGACACCAAGGGUCGCAAGGUGACCUCUGACACGCUGUUCCAAGUUAAACCACGUAAAUACAAUUGGAGAAAUGUCAGGUCACCUGCGGAGUCAGUUCCACAGACUGUGACUGCAGUUCGCAGAGAGGACAGGACGGAGGGGUGUAAAGAUCGUUACAGUUGCCGGUUCAAACACGUGUCAUUGCUUUUCCAGAUAGAUGUCAGUCUACAAGUAAGUUUUUCUUAAAUGUUGUGAAUAAUAUACAAAAUAUCCCUUUGGUUGUAUUAGAUUUAUUUGCAGAAAUGCUAAAGGCAGGCUUUGUUAAGGCUCUGGAAACAGUGUUCAAAAACUGCAGCAGAAAAUGUCUUAUUGUUGAUCUAAGUUCAGGCAAAAAUAUCUAAGUAUAUAUAUAUAAGUUAAGUUAUUACAAAUUUAGUUUUUACAAAUGACAGCUUAACUUAAUAUUUUACUUUUAAUCCUAUUUCAAGUUCUUUACUCUUACAUCACAACAGCGUUACUGUUGUGAUGUAAGAGUUGUGAUGGAUUUUUUUUUAUCUAAAAAGGUUUGUUUUUUGAGUGUUUUGAUUUACUUUGACUCAUGCUUUUGUUUUAAUCACCAUUAAGGAAAUGUGAUUUGUUGAUGCCUUAGUGAUUUUAAUUACUCUUUUAUUACAAUGCACACAAUUUCAACAAAAUAUUUAGGUCUCAAAAAAAAAAAGAAA